CCACUUUCCGUCAGGUGGGCCGUCAGUUUGUUUGCAAUUCUAAGUUGUAUAAAAAAAAUUACCCUCUCUCUUCCUCUGUUUAUCGUAACGGUUGACUGAUAGAGAAUGCCAUCAGGCAUUAAGUCCGCCCUGUACACAUAUUUUAAUGCGUGCAAAAGUAUAAAUAAAUUAAUUAAUUAAAACUCCACGGAAAAACACUUCGACCCCUUCGGUGAAACCAUAAAAAGAACUAAAAAAAAAGAAGAAUACAACAUUUGAAUUUCGUAACAUAAUUUUACGCAGCAAUUGUUUUGACAAACCAAAUUCUUUCAAACUCCGUACAAUGGGUCAAAUUUUCAAGUAACACAAUAAAAAAAAAUCAAUAAAAAUAUAGUAAAUUUCCAAGUUUCCAUUGCCGGCUAAGCUUAAUAAAAAUAAAAAAAAUAUAUAUAAAACAUGGCUCUAGUUUUGAGGAAGGCGGUGCAGCCCAAGAACGUGUCCAUGCUAAAAUGUGCAUGGAAACGACCACUAGCGACAACUGUUAACAAGAAAAAUACACUGCCACUAUCAAAGGCAGCGCUGAACCGUGCGAGAGACGAGCCCCAAACGCUGCUCCUCCGGUACGCGAAGAUUGGGAAGUCACGCCAGCUGUCACCACUAAACCGCUCCGGGCUGUGCAAGACUCCAUCUUUACGGUUCUGCAUCUCGUGUCCGAACCUCGUACCAGAGACAAGAUCAAGACUCCAUCUACCUCUAAGACAUCUCAGCCCCCCCAGAACUAAGCCAGUUUUCUCCGAUACCAGCUACCCUAAGAAAUACACGCAGUCGCCCUUUCCCCUUGUAACUGGUCUACUGCAGUCGAACCUCCCUCAAGUUCUGUCGAAGAGGGCUUACUCCAAGCCUAACGUUUGCGGUUGCCCCAGUCCAUUUCCUUGCGGACCAUGUGGUGGACCUAGCGGCUGUGGCUGCCUUCCUCCACCAUGCAAUACCCCACCCCGCUGUAUUCAAUACAUGACAGGUUAUUACUACUACCCGUAUGGUUUUUGGUUUUGCGGUCCAUAUCAUGUUGCGGGCAACUGUUGUCCUGUAGGGCCUUGUAGAUCGUGCGGACCAUGCGGGCCUUGUGGACCCUGUGGGCCAUGCAGGCCUUGUGGAUCUUGUGGGCCUAGCGGGCCUUGUGGGCUCUGUGGGCCAUGUGGGCCCUGUGGGCCGUGUGGCCCAUGUAAACCUUGUGGGCCAUGUGGAUCAUGUGGGCCAUGUGGAAAAUGCGGGCCGUAUUGCGUUUGCCCGGCAACAGCAGCCGUCAUGGGAGCUCAAGCUUCUAAAGAUCAACCUAGAUCCGGUAUAGUUCCCCCCAACCAGAUCAAUUGUCCUCUCCCCCAAGAUAGUUCUAAACAAGGCCGUGCUGGUAUUUCCAAAUAUUUCCCCUUUAAUUCGGCCAUGUCCCCGGGCCCAGUCGGCAAGAGCAAUGAACCAAAGAAGCCUAGUACUCCAACUAUGUCCUCACUUUUUUGUCCAUAUAGUACGAAAGCUCAAUUGAAAUAUGAACCUGAUAUAUUUUAUAGCCCUUUAGAAGCGUUUUACACGAAACCUUCGUCUUCUAAUCCUGUUCCAUGUCUAAAACAUACUCAAAACCCCGCCAAAAGUCAUUCUUCGCCUACUGCUAAAAUAUCUCCUACUUUCACAAAAUAUUCAGAUCACAAAUUAAACGGCAGUAGGAGCCCAAUUUGUCAUAAAAGAUCAACGAGAUAUAUCUAUGAGCAUUGCCCACCACUGACACAGCCUAGAGGAAUCAAGACUAAGCCACAAAGGGAUAACCCACAGAUGAAGUCUGGAACAUUUGACUACAGUUCUGUGCCACGUUAUAGAAAUCCCCAACCGACGGAAGACGCAAAAUUUAAAUGACAUUUAUCUUAUAGCCUAUUUAACAUUAUAAGGCUUGUUCAAAAUGGAAACGAAACUUGGAAAUAUAAAUUACAAAAGUCAAAUUGUAAUAGAUUUUUAGAUACAGUACGAUUAUCUUGUAAAAACUAAGCACUUUGAAUCAUAAUCAAAUAAACAAUAAUCCGUUGAUCUU